GCGGCCCCGCGGGACGAUGGCGGCGGCGGCUGCGGCUGUCCCCGGGGCUGUGGCUGCUGCGCCCGAGGGUGCCGAGCCCGCCCCGGAUCCUCCCGCCGCGGAGCCUCCGGCCCCGCCGGAACCGGCCGCUGCCGACGCCGAGAGCGGGGGGGAUGCUGCCCUGGUCGAUGUCACCACAGCUCUGGAGACAGAGUCAGCCAACGGGAAGGAUGCUCUGGAGGCUGCUGGGGACAGCUCAGAGGUGCUGGAGGCUCAGGCAGGCUCCGUGGACGAGGAGAACGGGAGGCAGCUGGGGGAGAUCGAGCUGCAGUGUGGCAUCUGCACCAAGUGGUUCACAGCAGACACCUUUGGCAUUGACACCACCUCCUGCCUGCCCUUCAUGACCAACUACAGCUUCCACUGCAACGUUUGCCACCACAGUGGCAACACCUACUUCCUAAGGAAACAAGCAAAUCUGAAGGAGAUGUGCCUUAGUGCCCUGGCCAACCUGACAUGGCAGUCCAGGACCCAGGAUGAGCACCCCAAGACCAUGUUCUCCAAAGAUAAGGACAUUAUCCCCUUCAUUGACAAGUACUGGGAGUGCAUGACAACCAGGCAGAGGCCUGGGAAGAUGACCUGGCCUAACAAUAUUGUCAAAACCAUGUGCAAAGAGAGAGAUGUCUUCUUGGUGAAGGAGCAUCCAGACCCAGGGAGCAAAGACCCAGAGGAGGACUACCCCAAGUUUGGACUUCUAGACCAAGACCUUGCCAAUAUUGGCCCUGCCUAUGACAACCAGAAGCAGAACAGUGCUGUGUCCACCAGUGGCAACUUGAAUGGGGGAAUGGCUGCGGGAGGCAGCGGGAAGGGACGAGGAGCCAAGCGCAAGCAGCAGGAUGGAGGCACCACAGGGACAGCCAAGAAAACCAGAAGUGACCCCUUGUUCUCUGCUCAGCGUCUGCCCCCCCAUGGCUACCCCCUGGAGCACCCCUUCAACAAGGACGGCUACCGCUACAUCCUGGCCGAGCCCGACCCCCACGCCCCCGACCCCGAGAAGCUGGAGCUGGACUGCUGGGCAGGGAAGCCCAUUCCUGGGGACCUGUACAGAGCCUGCCUCUAUGAAAGAGUCCUCCUGGCCCUGCAUGACCGAGCCCCUCAGCUGAAGAUCUCUGAUGACAGGCUGACAGUUGUUGGGGAGAAAGGCUACUCCAUGGUGCGAGCCUCCCACGGGGUGAGGAAGGGAGCCUGGUACUUCGAAAUCUCCAUGGAUGAGAUGCCUCCAGACACAGCUGCCAGGCUGGGCUGGUCACAGCCAUUAGGGAACCUCCAGGCCCCUCUGGGCUACGACAAGUUCAGCUACUCCUGGCGCAGCAAGAAGGGCACAAAGUUCCACCAGUCCAUAGGGAAGCACUACUCCUCUGGCUAUGGCCAGGGGGAUGUGCUGGGCUUCUACAUCAGCCUGCCAGAGGACACUGAGACAGCCAAGUCACUGCCUGACACCUACAAAGACAAGGCUUUGAUCAAAUUCAAAAGCUACCUGUACUUUGAAGAGAAGGACUUUGUGGACAAAGCAGAGAAGAGCCUAAAGCAGGCCCCUGGAAGCCAGAUCAUAUUCUUCAAGAACGGUGCCAGCCAGGGGGUUGCCUUUCAGGACAUCUUUGAAGGAGUUUAUUUUCCUGCCAUUUCUUUGUACAAAGGCUGCACAGUGUCUAUAAACUUUGGGCCCUAUUUCAAGUUCCCACCCAGGGACAUCUCCUACCGCCCGAUGAGUGACAUGGGCUGGGGGGCAGUGGUGGAGCACACGCUGGCAGACGUGCUGUACCACGUGGAGACCGAAGUCGACGGCCGCCGGAGCCCUCCCUGGGAGCCGUAGGGCACCUGGGACACACGAGACAGCCACAGCAGCAGCCAGGCCAGAGGCUUUAUUGGAGAGGAACUGGAAGCACUCAGAGCACCCAGCCAGGGCAGGCCUGGCCUUUGCAACCUGCUCCACCUGCCCUGUGCUGGAUGGAGGCUGAGCAGGAGCGGUUGCAGUGAGUGUUGUGCCGGCUGUGGGCAGCUCUUGGGUGUCUUCAGUCACUUCCCUCAGCUGAAGCAGCUCAGCUUGUGCUGAGCUCCUGGCUCC